AUGGCUCAAAAGCCAUUAAAAGAAGGUAGUCCGAACCGUAUCGAAAUUCAAGAAACGGAUGAAUCUAAAAAUGUCGUUGCAACGUACAUCGCUUCUCCUGCUGAUCGGCCUGACAAUAAAGGAAGGGUCGAUGUAAUCAUCCCAGAAAACACAAAUAGCUAUGCGAGAAGUGUUUUGAAUGCGUUUUUGCCGGCGGGAUAUCCACAUAGUGUUACUAGUGAUUAUCUUGGGUAUCAGAUAUAUGAUUCAUUACAAGCUUUUAGCAGUUCAAUUGCUGGGAUGUUAUCUAACAGAGCUGUGCUCGAAGGCAUGUAUCCAGAGCCUCACCCAGCUCUUCGCAGAAUCGGCGUAGGCGACUCCCACGCCUCCCCAACCUCCGCCCUCCUCCUCUCAGUCCUCCAAGAAUCCAUGGGUCGAAUAGCCACCAUACUCUUCGCCCACCGCCUCGGCACUUCUCUGGAACCAGAAUGCAAAAUGUAUCGGCUGCUUGCCGAUAUCUUCAAUGAUUCGGCGAUGAUUCUGGAUUGUCUGUCUCCUGCGUUGCCGAAGCCUUCGAGGGUGGCUAUGUUGGCGACGAGUUCGUGUUUGAGGAGUCUGUGUGGUGUGGCGGCUGGGAGUAGUAAGGCGAGCUUGUCGGCGCAUUUUGCUACGCAGGGGAAUUUGGGGGAGUUGAAUGCUAAAGAUUCGAGUCAAGAAACAGUCAUAUCUCUGAUGGGGAUGUUAGCUGGUAGUCUCAUCGUCAGCCAUAUCAGUACGAAAUGGGCGACCUGGACUUCGAUGAUCUUCUUGCUGGGCAUCCACCUUGGGACGAACUACUUAGCUGUUCGAGCUGUGAGUAUGAGGACGCUGAAUCGUCAAAGAGCAAAUAUCGUUUUCUCACGUUGUCUCCACGACGCGUCUCAAGAAUUCUCACGCAAGAGAAAUUCACAGACGGGUGACAUUUCAUUGACAAUCCCAGCACCACAGGAAGUAUCCAUUGAAGAGCGGAUAUUUGAAAGAGAUGGAAUACUUAGGUACUCGGGCGCCAAAUACGGAAGUGGGUAUUGCAAAAUUGGUGUCUCCUUGCAAGAGAUCCUGGCUCUUUUCGAUCAACCUUCAAAGGUGCCAGGACGUCCGCCUUCACCUCCUAUCUCAGAUUUCAACAAGCUAUUGGAGGUAUAUAAAGAUGAUGAUUACAUCAUGAUGUGGGAUCAAUCUCCAUUUCGAGAACAGCGAUUUCUGAUCGCCAUAAAGGAGGGUGCUGGAAAUGCUACGUUGUUGAGUGCGUGGAUGCAUGCUCUUUAUCAUGCCGAAUCCUGGGCUCUUAACAGGAGAGAAGGCGAGAGCCUGAUUGAGACUUUGCAGAGGACAAAGUUGUAUGUCGAGCAGGUUCAGGAUCGAUUCAAUUUCUUUGAGGAAUUGCAAAAAGCUGGAUGGGAUAUUGAGACUGGGGCGCUGGAGACGAAGAGUGGGACGAGGAUUAAGAUACUUAGAUGA